AUGGAGCUGCGUGAGUGGUUUGCCCGGCGCUGGAGGCGAGGUGCUGGAGCUCGAGGUGCUGCGGGUAUUGGAGGUUCUGUUGCUGCUGAGGGAGCUGGUGCCACGGGUCCCGGAGGUGCUCGUACUGGGAGUACUGGAGCUGCUGGGCCUGCGGGUACUUCUGGAGCUGGAGCUGCUGCGGGUGUUGGCCUGGCUACUGCUGUCGGUCCUGGAGGCGGUCCUACUGGAGGUACUACUGGUACUGCUGGAGGUACUGGAGCUGGAGCUGCUACUGGUGCUGGUGCUGCCAUUGGGGGUGCUGGUGCUGUCCCUGCUGUGUCUGGAGUCGUCGCGCGGCCUCGGCCGUACUUUGUUCCGCUCCUUCAGCAGGUUCUUGGUCUCCCGUCUUCUACUGGUCCUCCUCCUCCCUUAGAGUGUCCACAGCCUGUCCCGUCGCAGUUACAGUUACAGCCGGCCUCCCCACUGCCUGCUCCGUCUCCCUACACCGGUCCUACUAGAGGUCUUGCUAAGCGUCGUGAGCCUGCGUCUCGCCCUGCGUCGCCUGUGCGUGCUGCUCGCACCAGUGGUCGCGGUUCGCGUCAGCGUCCUCCUCCUGUCCCUCGCACGCACCGGAUGUCUCUGCGUCCGUCCACUGCUCCUCUUCGUGCCCCUUUGCCUUCUCCUCCUGAGUCUUCUCUUCCUGCUCUUGCCGACCCGGAGUCGGACUCUCUUCGUGCUGCCAGUCCUACUGUCACGCAUCUCCUUGCUACUGUUUUCACAGACCCUUCCUUUGAGUCCACUGCUGCGUCUGCCCUAGUUGCUGAGCUCGUCGACUUUGCUGCUCACUGUCGUCUAGACUACGCUGCUAGUCUUGUUGCUGAGUCUGCGUCUGUCUGUCGUCCGUCCGUCGGGGGUGAGUGUGCCCUUGGCACGGACGUCCUUGAGGACAGGCAGGAGGAGUUCCAGUGUCUAGCUGCUGCUUCACCUCAUCUUGUGUCCGUACUGCUUACCCCUGAGGGAGACCUGGAUGCAGUUGACAUCCCGACUCCGCGUUCUUACGCGGAGGCGAUAGAGGGUCCCUACUCCUCUCAGUGGCAGGCAGCUAUGGACGCAGAGAUGGCUUCCUGGAAGUCCACAGGCACCUAUGUUGACGAGGUUCCCCCGCCUGGGGCGAACAUCGUAAGUGGCAUGUGGAUUUUCAGGGUGAAGCGGCCGCCAUGCUCUCCGCCUGUCUUCAAGGCGCGGUACGUCGCUCGUGGCUUCAGUCAGCGGCAGGGAGUUGACUACUUUCAGACCUUCUCUCCCACCGCGAAGAUGACCACUCUUCGGGUGCUACUGCACAUAGCCGCUCAGCGCGACUACGAGCUUCACUCUCUUGACUUCAGCACUGCUUUCUUGCAGGGUAGCCUGCACGAGGAGAUCUGGCUGCGCCGCCCACCUGGCUUCACUGAGAAUUUUCCUCCUGGCAUCCAGUGGAGCCUCCGGCGGCCAGUCUACGGUCUCCGCCAGGCACCGCGUGAGUGGCACGACACACUGAGGACUACGCUUGCGGCUCUUGGGUUUGCUCCCUCUACUGCUGACCCGUCGCUAUUUCUGCGCACCGACACUUCUUUGCCGCCGUUCUACAUCCUCGUGUACGUCGACGACUUGGUCUUUGCCACAGCUUACACUACUAGACUCGCCCACGUGAAGUCCGAGCUGCAGAAGAGACACACGUGCACAGACCUGGGUGAACUGCGCAGCUACGUUGGCUUGCAGAUCACCCGGGACAGAGCACAGCGCACCAUUACCCUGACUCAGUCACACAUGGUGCAGCAGGUCCUUCAGCGCUUCGGCUUCACGUACUCCUCGCCUCAGGCCACUCCUCUGCCUACCCGUCACUCGCUCUCAGCUCUGCCUUCGGAUGAGUCCGUAGAGUCGAGUGGCCCGUACCCAGAGCUUGUUGGCUGCCUUAUGUACCUGAUGACCUGCACUCGACCUGACCUUGCAUACCCUCUUAGCAUUCUCGCACGCUAUGUUGCUCCUGGGAGACACAGACCGAAGCACAUGGCUGCAGCGAAGAGGGUGUUGCGCUACUUGUGCAGUACGUCGGGCAUGGGGCUUGUGCUUGGAGGGCGGAGUCCAGUGGUCCUCACUGGGCACGCAGACGCUUCUUGGGCGGACGACCAGGCCACACAGCGGUCGACACAGGGUUACACCUUCAGCCUCAGUUCCGGCUCUGUUUCGUGGCGGGCUACCCGCUCGUCUUCUGUUCUCGGCUCCAGUUGUGAGGCUGAGAUCUACGCUGGGGCCAUGGCUGGACAGGAGCUUCGCUGGCUCACCUACCUGCUGACUGACCUCGGAGAGGUGCCUCGUUCUCCUCCAGUGCUGUACGUAGACAACAAGGCCAUGCUGGCCUUGUGUCGAGAGCAGAGACUGGAGCACAGAACGAAGCACAUUGCUCUCCGCUACUUCCUUGCUCGUGAGCUGCAGCAGCAUGGUCAGCUGCGUCUUGCGUACGUGGCCUCUGAGGCCAACACUGCUGAUAUCUUCACCAAGGCACUUGCGCCUUGUGAUCAUCAGCGCUUCUGUACUCAGCUUGGUCUUGUGCCUGUCUUGCCUCACUUGCUCACCUCUUGA